AUGCAGCGCCGCGGCGUAGCCCCAAAUGCUGCAAGACAAAGCGUAACGGCGCCCCCGGUGGUUCCGGCGAUUUCGUCCGGGCUAGUCUCGCGUGAGUCUGGCGCCUGUCUGGGUGCGCCUGGCAUCCUCUGGCCCAAGCUGCGUUGCCACACCCGCGUCGCCGACUCGAAACUCAAUCUGCUGUCAUGUCUGUCAUUUUGGAUUACGGUGUGUGAUGAGUGA